UCAAUUUCUACCUUAAAAAUACCCAAUGACGGCCUCCAUAGCGGUUUGCAGCAAUUAAUUCCACAGAUUCACGACCCUUUGAUUUAAGAAAGUACAUAAUUAGAAUCGAGACAGAAUGAUGUACAAGUGCACGGGAAACAAGAUAUUAAGGAGUAGUACAAAAUAAAAUACAGAUGGUCAAGGGAGAAGAGAGACUCUACCAUUUCCUCAUUUGCAGGGGCUGACCUGAAACUCCAGGAACUUAAACUGCUUUCAAGAAUAGUGAGGGUUAUUGUGGAGAGGGAAGUGAAGAUGGAGAUGUGUGAAAUCGACAGACGACAGGUGCAGUGAAUGAGGAAAUGCCAGCCGCAAAUGCAGCAGAACUCAAAGUAGCAACGGCCAGAAAAUUGCCUGUGCACAGAGGUGACAAAGUGUGAGCCCAAAACGCCUUGGGAUCAUGAGAGAAGAAGGCACAGAGCGCUGGAGUAACUCAACAGGUCAGGCAGAAUCUCAGGAGAACUUGGAUAGGUGACCUUUCGGGUCGGGAUCCUUCUUCAGACUGAAGACCUUCAAAUUUUUGACAGCGAGGUUGGAUAAACGCAGAGUCUUCUGCCCAGACGCCAGAGACCUGGGUUCGAUCCUGACUACGGGCGCUGUCUGUAUAGAGUUUGCACGUUCUCCCUGUGACCUGCGUGGGUUUGCUCCGUGAUCUUCGUUUUCCUCCCACACUCCAAAGACUUACAGGUCUGUAUGCAACAUAGAGAGGGCAGGAGGAUGGUGGGUGCGAUGGAACCACUCGGUGCCCUUUCCCGCUGGUACCUCUACGCCAUCCACGGUUACUUCUGCGAGGUCAUGUUCACGGCCGCCUGGGAAUUCGUCAUCAAUUUCAACUGGAAGUUCCCGGGAGUUACCAGCGUGUGGGCUCUGUUCAUCUACGGCACAUCCAUCAUGGUGGUGGAACAGAUGUACCUGUCCCUCAAGAACCGAUGCCCGGGUCUGGUGAGGUGCCUCAUCUACACCCUGUGGACCUACAUCUGGGAGUUCUCCACAGGACUCAUCCUUCGCCAGUUUAACGCUUGCCCCUGGGACUACUCUCAGUUUGACUACGACUUCAUGGGGUUGGUCACCCUGGAGUACGCAGUGCCCUGGUUCUUCGCCUCCAUCAUAAUGGAGAAGCUGGUGAUCAGGAACACCCUGUGCCUGCGGUUCGAUGAGAACGGGGAGCCACGGUCGCCUGCCAUUGCCCCGGCUACAUUGUGGGACCACUUGACACUGAGGAAAGAAGAGUGAAGUGGGGGUGCUUGUCCUGCAUUUGAUGCUUCCCAGAACUGGCCCAGCCCGGCCCGGCACGGCCUGACCCGGGGACAACCAUGACAUUUAUCCAGACCUUUUAUUUUUGUACCUUCAGGAAUAGCUUUAUCACGAGUUCAGGCUCCAGUGUUCUGUGAGCUGGUUGAUGCACUCUCUCUCUCUCUCUCUCUCUCUCUCUGUGUGUGUGGCACCCACAUCUCCAGUGCAUGCAGUGAUUACCGGCAAGUAUUUAACUCAUCAUGGCUCAAGCCAGGAGAACACCAGAUGUGUGUGUAUACUAACUUAUUCCAGUUCCUUAAAUCAGUUACUCUCCUCCGCAAGCGAUCACUGCUUUUGGAGAGUUGCUCUGCUAGCCUCUGACAGGAGAGGGUUUGUGGAAUUGUCCGCAAGCCCGUGCAAGAAAGUCGCACCUAAUACUGUUCUGCUUCCUUGCAGCUUCUUUGCAAUAAUUCCCCCUCAGGUUGUUCGCGAGCGGUGAUGGCGGGGGAUACGUGUAAUUGCGUUGAACUUUCUCUGCGGACAAGAUAAGAUGCUACCACAGAUGGGACAUGUUGAUCCUCUGCGGAAGCCACAUGCGCCCGAUUGUUGUCCAAGGGCUGCUAUCACUUCGAGAUCCCAAUUAAACAUUCCUGCAGUUGUUUCAAUAAAACCCGUCAAGACAUCGCUGACAUGCUGUUUUGAGCACUCGCCUCUCCUCAAAGCACUUGGUCUCUCAAUCUAAUGCAUGUUGGGCGGAUGUCGAUAUACUGUACCAAGGUACACUCUCAUACGGGUUGCAUGGAACACGGAUAAUGCAUUCCUUCAGCACAUACCAUCACUGGGUAUAGGUCCUGUAAAUGUUGCCCCUCACUGCGAUACAGGCCCCACAGAUACGGACUAUCAGCUAGUAGAUACUGACCCUCACUGGGGUACAGGCCCCACAGAUACGGACUAUCAGCUAGUAGAUACUGACCCUCACUGGGGUACAAGCUCCACUGAUGCUGACUGUCAUUGUGGGUAACGCAGCCUACAGGCACUGACUUAAUGGAGGGGUUACAGUUGCCACAGGCGCUGGCUCUCUGGAAUAGAUCAGUGGAACAGAUACUGACUGAGGAGAUGAGGCCAGCUAAUUCCAGAGCCCCGGCCGUAUUGGAUCUGCCCAUCAGCGUGGACGUCCCGAUGAGGUCGAGAUUGGCCAAAGAGCCAUCCUUUCAGGGGGACGGGCGGGGAAUCACCAGUUGCCGGAAAAUCAGUGGUGCCAGGAAUGAGAUACAGGCUUGAAUUCACUCUAAACAGAUCCUACAGUUUAAAUAUAACAUUCUUUUCCACCUCCCCUCUAUCCGUCAAUUCCUCGUCAGUGGAAAGUGUGUCUCCAACUAAGAUUCCCGGGAUUCUCCCUAACUAACCACCCUUUGAUGCGGCCAGUUCCACUUCCUGGCACUGAGUACAAAUUGUUGCUGUAUUUGUUGCUAAAUGUGAUGAUCAUAGCCAGGACUUCCCAUCUGGCUGUGAUAGUUAAUUUGCUCAUUAAAAUUCCUCACAUCUGCCCUAA